AUGUCUGAAGACGAAGAAGAAGAGUGUGUGAUAUGUCUGGGAUUGUGGGAAGUGGGAGAUUUCGGCAGAAAGUUGAGAAAUUGCGGACAUGGGUUUCACGUAGAGUGUAUAGAUAUGUGGUUGUCUUCUCAUUCUACUUGUCCUAUCUGUCGAUCCUCUGUUCUCGCCGCCUCUGAUCAAGACAACCUCAAGCCGGCCGUUAAUGGCGUGGAAGAAGAAGCAGAGGUUAGAUUGCAAUUGUUUCCAGACGGGGAAGAUGAGAACGUCGCCGCCGGUGAUCGGAGAUUUUCACUGUCUCUUGCUGUGAUGGAAGAUAAUUUCAAAACAGGGGUUGACGACGGCGACGGUGACGGUAACCAUGACGUCGUAGAAGAAGGAGAGGUUAGAAUUGAAGUGUUUGAUGAGGAGGAGAUCAACGGCGGAGGAUCAAGAGGUGAUAGGAGAUCAACGUCGUCAACGGCGUCAUCGGCAUCGAGUUCGUUGAAGAGGAUGCUGAGUAGUAGAAGUAGAUCGGAGUGUAGCAAGGUGUACCCGUCGUCGACGCAAGAUUCGUCUUCGUAA